GUCGUCCGUACUCUGUUAGCGCGGGUGCGUUUGCGUUUCUCUCCAUCUGCCAGGACGAACGGAGGACGGUGCCGAUUGAUGUCUGUCCCGUUUGCUCCAAUGCGUGCUCUCGGUCCUUGGUUGCCAUGUGUCCGGCGCGCGCUUUCGUGCCAUCGAGCGGUUGUAGAGUUAUACCGGAGGGGCGGGAGAGGGGAGGGUGUGACGCAUGGUCCCCUUUUUGUACAGAGGGGACGGUUGAUGUUGGGUUGCGAACACGGUCGGUCGAGACUGGUUCACCGUCUUGGUUCAGUCUGUAAAAAAGUCGCGUCCGAAGCGGUAGCCUCCGGAACGGCGCGUGUAGCCCGGCUACCCAGGAUCACAACACGCACACGCACACAGACACACACACGAGACCGGGGGGAAUUUUUUUGUUUGGAGUAAAAUAAGCAAACUAAGAAGAAGAAAAGAAAAGAAAAGAAAAAAAACCUCCCUCUGUAAGCAGCAAAUCGUUUCUGCAAGUUUUCAAUGCGCGCGCGAUCCGCUGUGCCCGGACGAUAGACGGACACGAUAGAUGUGACGAAAUGAUUAGUUAGGUGUUUUAUCGUUGGUGAAGUUUACCCUUACCAAACAUGAAUCUAUACCUACUGUAUUAGCAACAAGUCAAGAGCAAAAUAGUAAGUGAAGUAAAAUAAAUAUUGUGAUAAAGAAAAAGUGUGCAACAAAAGGAAGAAAAAAAACGUGGUGUAAAAAUCGACCAUAAUUUCUAUACAACUACCUCACUCUACACAGUAAAACCCUACAUAACAAGUACAAUCCGGAUGUCGUUGGGCGAACUUCAUAGAAGUCAUUGAAAAACCUGCAAACAGAGUGAUCACCAAUCACAAUGGCUGCCUCAGUGUAUGCAACACCACCACCCGAUCUUAGCGGCGAGGAAGCAGUCCUGAGUGAUGCAUCGAAUUCUUCGCAAACGAAUAGCUCUCACAGUUCUACGCUGAAAGCUUCCAAGCGUACACUCUCAUCAUCAUUCCUGAAUGCAGCGACAACUCAAAGCAGCACGCUGACCACGACCUCACAACUUAGCUCCGACUCGCUACCCGAUCUAUCCAAGAAGCGGCGUAAACAAUCGAUGCCGAUUCGAUUUUCUGCCAACGGUACGGCGAUUGAAAUACCAGCGAACGCCGGUUCCGACACAGUAGUCGAUAUUGAUGAACGUUCGCUAGACGGAGCGCGUGAAAAUGUUCAUGAUGACGCGCCGGAAGCGGAUCAGGAGCGAGCAGAAGCCGAUAGCUCACCGAACCCCACCAGUCCAGCGAUGGAAAACGGCGAUGACGAAGGAGCAGCAUUGCUGGAAGAGCAGCAGAACAACUUUCAGAAGAUAUUUCUUUCGAACCUUAGUCAAUUACAGCAAAAACACCUACAGUUGCAGCAGCAGAACAGUGAAGGGUUUCUCGGUUUGGCCAAUACGGGUGCAACGCUGCCCGAAAAUUUUCUGACCUCCAAGCUAAACAGUUUCAUAGCUAUGAGUGGCGCUCGAGCAGACAGAGAAUCGUCCUCACAGGCCAGAAGUGACGAUGAGCAAGAGGUUAACGAAGAACGUCCACAAUCGAUCGCCGACGAACCAGAGCAAAGAAAUAAAAGUCGCGAACAGUCACCUGUCAUCAAAAGUGUUACAUCAAUGGAUGGUAUCCAGAAGUCACGAGAAACCGACCCCGAAGGUAAUACACCACCGCCGCCAACGUCUAACUCUGUGCCGGGAAAUGAAGACAAAAUAGCAGAACAACCCUCAAAUACGACCAGUCCACCAAAGAUAUCCCUCAAGAAAGAACUCUUGAUGGACCCGGAAUGGGAUGGCGAAAUUCGCAGCAACUUUCCCAAAGCGGAUGAUUGGAUAUCAAUUGCCGGACUGUCCUUCCCAUUCCCACCGGAAGCUGCUGCGGCACUGUCCGCUUCAGGCUAUCUUCCCCAGCUGCCACUGCUGGGAGUACCUACGGUGUCUGCAUUUGGCACAUCCGCUGAUGGUAACAGUCGCCCUGGAGUUCCGCCGUUGCGUAUUUUCAACCCGGAAGCGUAUUGCGAUCUGUGCAAUAAGGAGUUUUGCAACAAAUACUUCUUGAAGACGCAUAAGGCGAACAAGCACGGUAUCUAUGAACCGGCACCAGGCAAUGGAAGUUCGGACGUGACGAGUUCUGCCCUGUCCGCCAUGAGCAAUCCCUUCAAUCCGAUUCAUCAGCUAUCACAGGUGUUUCAGAUGCAGCAACAGCAACACUCUGGUGUUCCCAUGUCUAGCGAACAGAUAGAAAAACUCGCUACUCAUCACACGUCUGCUGCCGAUGCUGCCGAACGUAUCCAGUCCCAAGCGAUGCUCCACUCUCAAGCACAAUCCAUUACGGCGAGCCAGCAAAAUCAAUCAAACGCCGGGAAGACGAUGCAACAGUUACCGAUGCGUUCGGCUCUCUCGCCCAAGGUUUCCGUGGUACCAAAUCAAAUACAACCCACCGUUUUUUGUGACAUUUGUUUCAAGAAGUUCAGCAGUCUCAGCGCAAUGCGCAAACAUCGCAGCAAGGCACACGAGCUUUCAAGCAGUAAUCAUCAGCUGCAACAACAGCAACAGCAGCAGCAGCAGCAACAACAACAGCAGCACCAGCAACAACUUCAUCAACAUCAACAACAGCAGCAACAUCAACUUCAGCAGCAAUUACAGCAACAUCUGCAGCAGCAGUAUCAUCAGCAACUGCAGACACAACAGCAGGCGAAGCUCGCUGUCGGCAGACAAGAAGCUUCAGAAUCGGGAUUAGAUACACCCUCGGGUAUUACAGGUGCUGGAGGAUCACUGCAGCUUCCCGACGGUUUCCGGGAGGACUACACGAUCGAGCAGGAGGAUGCCACAUUUACACCGCAACCACGCAAGCUCUCACCACACUCGAUGCAGGCAGCCAAGGAGGCAAACUUUUCAGCUGACAAGCUGCGCCGUCUCGGUGUAGUUAACCCGGAGGCAUUCUGUGAGAUUUGUUGCAAGGAGUACUGUAAUAAAUAUUUCCUGCGUACCCACAAGCUGAAACGGCACGGCAUCCUUCCGACACCGGAUGAGUUGAAGGACGAAGGUCGCCAACCGUGGGCACCGUUCUUACAAACGAGCCCACUGAAUCUGAUCAUGGGUGGUACGGCGGCAGAUGUCAUGAGUGCACAGAUGGCCCUGCAAGCAGCUUCUCCUUCCUCGCUGCGAAAACUAAUGGCGACAGACGAGUUAAGUAGUAGCGAUCCUGUUGCGAUCGAAGGCGCGAAAGGAGUCGAGAUCAAGCGUGAACAGUCACCUCCAGCCAAGAUGGACAAUGGGGGUGCGGAUUCGGAUGAUCAGCAACAGUCGGAUGGUGGAAUAGCGGGCCCUGGCAAUGAGAAUGAUGCUGGUCGUGACGGUGCUAGUGAUGAAGAUGCCGAGGCGAUCAGUGUUGAUCUGCAGAAAUUGCAAUCAAUGAUCAUGCAGCUGAACGAUCUCAACAGUAUCCAGCAGCGUAAAGUGAGUUGUGGUGUGUGUGGCAAGGAUCUGGCUAACCAGUAUCUGCUACAUGCGCAUAUGAUACAAGAACAUGGUGCACUUGGGAUGGACAAUAACAACGGUCCAAAGGGAUCCCGUGCUACGACACCGACGGAUAUGCCCGAGACUUGCAAGCACUGCGAUAAAGAGUUCGCCAACGUGUACAUGCUGAAGCAACAUUUGGUGGAGAUACAUGGAGGAAUGUCGGGUAUGCCAAGUCCCAAGCGCGAAGGUUUCGUCACUCCCGAGCGUCCAACAACGGUACCGUCGGGUGUUGGCAACGGUGGACCAGGCAGUGGAGGUACCAUCCCGAUGCCACCUGGUGCUCCCGGCUAUGGUGAGCGUAAGCCAAGUUACUCGAUGACUCCAACUAGCAGCUAUUGCGAGAUUUGCAACAAGGAGCUGUGCAACAAGUACUUCAUGAAGACGCACAUGCAGCGUAUGCAUGGCAUCGAGAUCGAGAACGGUGCCCAGAUAGGUGGUGUCGUGUGCAACAUAUGCAACAAGGAGCUCUGCAGCAAGUAUUUCUUGCGCGUCCACAAACACAACACACACGGCAUCGUGGAGGAGGGUGCACCACUGCCACAACCACGUCAAAAUGGAUCAUCGGCAAUCGUCGGUGUUAAUGACAUGGGACCAGGUGAGACUGGCGACGGUGGUUCCUUCCCGGGUAGUGAUCUAAAACCAGGCGAAGUUAGCGAUCUUAGCAAUCGCUACUACUCCCACUUCACCGAGGUGUGUCCACUGUGUAGUCGACGAUUCCGUAGUGCAAAGUGGUUACGGGCACAUCUGUUGAGCGAUCACGGGAAGGUAGGCGUCGAGAAGCUAAAGGACAUAGAGCAGAAGCUCGGUUCGAACGUUCCGAAUGGUGGUGGUUUGUUGGGAAAUGGAGCCAAUUCGGGCGGUGGCAGUGGAAACAGCCGGAGCAAAUCAAACAGUCCUUCGCUGAAAGUGCCGAAUGGGUUGAAUGAUGGCAAGUACGGUUCCAAGUCACCAUUUGGAGGAUUAAGCCCAGCUGAGGCAGCCAAAUUUCUUCCGAAAGGUUCUGCUAUUCCCACAUUGUUUGGGACGGAUCAACCUACGUCUCCAAUGGGUGGUUUGAAAGGAUACCAGUGUUCGUACUGCUCGUUUGCAACUCCACUUUUGCCGCUGCUCUUUAUCCAUGAGCGAUCACAUUCCAGCUUGACGAUCGUGCAGCAACAGUUGCUCCAGCAGCAGCAGCAACACCAUCAGCAGGAGGAAGCUCAGGCAGCAGCGGCAGCAGCCGCAGCAGCAGCAGCAGCAGCCAUUGGAACGGCACCGUUCGUUCCGUUGCUCAAAUCCGAAUCGGCCGUCUCGUUGGCGAAAGAUCAAUCCGCUAACCAGCUCAUGCCGGGCACUUCUUCCGAGACACCUUCGUCAACGCCGGCAUCUACACCGGUUCCAUCCUUAUCGCAGGAGGCGCUCAAUCUACACCACCAGACACGAUCGCAGAGUCCUGAACGGGCAGGAUCGCCACGUGAUCCAGAUCCACCAACAGCAAACACGAAACCAACCUCUCCAAAGCCCGCUUCUCCACCGUCGGCAGCGGGAAGUGAACCAACAGCGAUGCUAUCGGAGGUGGCCAACAUUACCCAACGUCCGGCAGUGUACGCGCUGCCCCAACAGGCCGGCCCCCUCAUGAUGCAGUCGUUCCUGAUUGAGGAGUCGCUCAGCGAUGGUGCUGGUGGUCGCACGCGCAAGGACUCAACCGACAAGUCGGAGGGCCCGCUAGGACAGGAUCACAGGUUCGUACCAGCUGUUGUUUUCUUACCCGUUAAAGAGCGUAUCCUAACGCCGAUGACAAUAUCGUUCAAUCUGAGUCCCGCCUAGGGAGAUCUCAGGAUAAACUGGAGCUUCCGAGCCCCGAACCUGCAGACGGGCUCGUCUAGUCAAAUUUUCCGCGAGCGCACAGACUGUGCGUGAUGAAAUGAAAUCAAAAAUGUAUCGCAAAGAAAAUCCGCAAAUACGUACGUAAAAACUUAUCCCCCUUAAAAAAGAAACCAAACCACAACUAAUCUAUUGGCAAAUGUAUGAUUAUGAAUGCUAAUGAAUGUAAAAACGUAAAAUUAAAGUAGAAUUCUUACCAGCAGAAUUACGAUUCCUUGAUGGUAAACUUAUCGUUCGUGAGGAGCAGAGAGCAGAAAGCUGCCAUUUUGUUUCAUUUUGAAAACCACUUGUAGAGAAAUUCACACACAGCUAAAUAAGAGCGGGCAUCAAUUCGUCACGUUUCUACCUCAGGGUAUCAUCCAAUACGGUUUUUGGAUACAAAAAAAAAGAAAGAAAGCUAAAACCAACCUCCUGCACAACUUUGGCCAACUUACCUUUUUGGCUAUUAUUUCAUUUGGAUUAAAGUGCAAGACUGAAUCAAAGCGAGUAAACUACAAACUGCAAAAGAAUAUUUAAAGUCUCUGUGCCAUCUUAUAAAUGUUCGGAAGGAUUCUUUUAACCGUACUGUGUAAAGCUUUUUAAACAAAAACAAAACAAAACGCUCGUUUUUAUCCGACGAUGAUUGCUCUAAACUACUGUAAAUUAAGGUUAAAACGUAGCACUAAAAAUCAUGCAAAACAGUGCAAAUAAUAGGUGGCUUAAAUGGCAAGCGCAGACACCCGAAAGGCAAAGAGAGGCUGAGAGGGCAUGUUCGAAAUCAGCACGCGGCACGUGACAAAGCAAAAGAUGCAAGAGGCUCUAUGUGUCGACUCUAAAAUCCAUGAAAAAUAAGGCAAAAUAAUCAAAAACUAAACCGUAGUGUAGUGCAUUUUUUGGGAGGAAGGUGUAAACUUGCGAAGGGUAGAAUGGAUUGUUCAUUGAGCGAUGAUAAUGGAAAAGGCUAAUCUUCUUCGUGUGAUGUUCUAACAAAGUUCCUAUUAUGAGUAAAACUGAAACAAUGACAAAAUGUUGUAUCUCUUCGGGUAUGAUAGAUUUUUUAGAGGAAACAAAACAAAGGUUCAUACACCGAUGCCGCUGCGUCACACAAAAAGUAACUGGGGAAGAAAAAUGAACGAUCAAACGAAAUGAUGAAUUCAUUUAAAGUUAAACGGAAAAUAGUGCUGAUUUUGAUCAUUUAAAUGCUAUAUAGUGACUGGUUAGUAAUUUAAAGCAGCAAACGCAACCAUUGUAUGUUAGGUUUUAGUUACAAAAUUUAAAUCACUUAUCAUUAUUUAUGUCUCCGUUUGCAUAAAACAAUAGUAAAACCUCAAGAGAAAGACAAGGUGAUUUUCCUUUAAAGAGAAACCAAAAAAUUGAAACCGAUAAACGGCAAAUCAUAAACGUUACCAACUUACUCAGGGUAUUCGAUGGUACAAUUCAACACAGUAGGAAAUGAACACUAAACUAAGGAUAUGCUGUGCACAACACCUUCAUGCGAUGGUAAAUAAGGUAUCAAACUGGUACCUUUACACAGUGAAAACACAAAAAAAAAAAACGCUAAACCGAAAGUUACCACACACACAGUCGAUCCUGAUAAGUACAAGAGAGAUGCUAUUUUAAAGUGAAAAGAAGAAAAAAAAAUCGUUACAACAGAUGCCAUCGCGGAUGUGGAUGGGAAUCCGUUUCCCCAGUUUGAUAUUUUGUAAGCGAACAUUGUAAGCCAAACACAAUGUUUGGCCAAACCCACUUCCUCCUUCAGUACGUAAUAUCGUAAUGUUCAAGAGAUUCAAAUGCUAGUCAAAGAAACAAAAACAAAGAAAAACCAAAACCAAAGGGCUAUUAAAUCACUAAACUAAAUCUACCAUUUAGAGCAUAUAUAUAUAUAUACAUACAUACAUGGCAUACAAUACAUAUUAUAUAUAUUCUAGCGUAAUUACAAAAAACACACACAAAAUCCUAUGCUACGUAGUAUGCUAUAGCCCCUCGCUCCAAUGUUUUACUGCAACUCCCCCAUUUUCCCCGAUUGCAAAGACAAAGUUACCAAUGAGGCUCGGUUUGACUUUUUAUCACUCAGAGCAUCAGAGCCUAGUUUGAAUAAUCGAUCCCUGUUCGUUUAACAAUAUCGGGGUAAGGGGUAGUAAGCUAAUGUGUGUCAUUGUAUGAGACCCAUUACAGUAGAUGGAGAGUAAGGUACGGAUCCUUAGGAUAAACUCGUUGUAAAUAAUAGGUAACGCUUACUUUUUAGACGUGUUUCCGUUCGAUGUCCAAAUGUGUCACUAUCCUCUCUCUCUCUGAUGAUAUGCGCCCUAUCAGUUGGUUCCACGAGCUCGUUUUUGUUUUUAUAGUGUUCGUGUUCAUGGUAGAAGUAAUUGCUGUAUGUCGGUUGUACCCCUUUUUUGUAGCUUGUACUAGUACUAGAGAGCCUCCUCACAUGAGGGACAGCGGGUAAAAAUCACUCCAAAACAACCACAACAGGAGCAGACGAAGCAGUUUUGAACACAAUGGUAGAUUUCCAGCAGGUACAAGGUAUUGAUAAGAAACCGAACAAAUGGCGAAGAAAAGUUAUAAAAUUUCUCUUAAACAUUCCUUUAGCACUUGUUCCGUUUGAAUGGGGAGGACGGAAGUUGGAAUUUAUUCCCACGCGUAACGCCAGUUAAUUUGUGGAAAUUCGCAAAGCGAUUCUGUACGCUUGAUUACCACUUGCUGACACACCGUGAUAUCGGCACUGAGUGUUGUAAUGUAACUAGAACUGGAUACAAAUAUUGAAUGGUUUUGAGUUUUUUUUUCUUUUUUUUUUAGUAGCUAAUGAACAGGCCAAGAAGUGAAGUACCGGAGUUUAAUAAUCACAAGGGUAGAGACGAGUUUCUUCUAAUAAUAUUUUUUGUUGCACCAAGAAAACGAAAGAAACGAAGUAAGAAACGGAGCAAAUGGGAAUAAUGGGCUUUGAAUGGCGUAACAUGAUGAUAAUACCACGUUUUCGGCAAUUGCUAUAAAACAAAAAAAAAACCUAAAACAACAAUGGAACUGUAUAAUGCUGUGUGCCUUUUUUUUUAGCAAUUGCAGAUAACGGGUCAAUAAGCGUGAGGGUGUGUGUACAUUCUUGAAAAAAAAGGAAGAAUGCAAAAAAGCAUGCAAAGUAAAGAAAAGCCCAAAAAAGGGAAGUGUGAGCGCAGGUGAAAACUGACAUCAAAUGACGUAAUUGUGUGGAGAAAACUCCCCCAAAAAAUAAACCUAAAGUAGGAUGUUUCGAAGCGUUGUUUGAUUGUAAGGAUUAAUUAUUAAUAUUUCAUAUAUUUGUAAUAUAUAAUUUCGGGUGAUAUAUGAAGUGUUGUAAUUAACUGAGGGAUAGUCUACGGCCAGGCAAACCAGGCAAAUCAGCACGGAAUCGUAACAAAGGAGUGCAAACAAUAAUGAUAAUAAACGCAAAAAUGCAUGGUAUGGAAGACCGAUCGUAAUGGAUCCUAAACCCCGAUCACUACCACAAUUCAGGUUGAAAAAGAUAUGAAGGAAAUAUGUUUCAUUGGAGACAACAGAAGGGCCGCCAUAGUGAUAUAGUCUGCUAGUCAUUUGGCAAUUGAAAUCGAUAACCCAGCACCGGGAGAACAUAACAGGAGAUGCUUCGAUAAAUACAAGAUAUAGAUAGAUACCAAAUCUGGCGCGCAUAUGAUCGAAUAACAACUACAACGCUCUGUCCAUAAUGAGCGACAAUGCUAUAAAGAGUCCCUCUUUAUGUCCAUCUCUACAGGGGCUGUAACAAUCUGCUGACUGCUGUUAUGAAGAUACCUAUUUCUAGUUGUUUUACAAGUAGAGGAGGUUUAGCUUCACGAACAGUUAUUGAUCAUAUCCUCCAUGUUACAACAUCUUUGUUCCACUAUCAACGCGAAUAUCCGAAUCUACGAUCCACAAGCGUAACACGCCAAUAGCCUCAGGCUAUUCUUCGCUCAACUUUGACUAGACCGUGUCAAGUCUGUAAACCUUGGCUGGACGAAGCAGUUUUGCAUAUUUGAUUUAAUUAAAUCAUUUGUAAAGGGAUAUAAUCGCUCGUUUUACGUUCUAUUCGCUUACAUCCCAGCUAAGACUUUACAUUGGUGUAGCAUGUGGAAUGCUCACAAACAUAAGAAUAGCUCGAUUGGUGUAUAAUGGAAGGUCUUCUAGGUAGGUUUAUUUGGCUACUAAAGACUACUUUCAGUCUUCCGAUUUUUGACGCUUUUGGAUAACGCCCUAUGUUCCGCACCGUUUGAACUUCGGGUCUUUUAUAAGGACACAAAACCAAAAACAAAAAAGCAGUGGAGAUAGUAUUCCUGUUGAGGGCAAACAUCGCGAAGAAGAGAAUCUUUUUCUUUUAGAUUGUUCUGUUUUUCUCCUCUACGGUGGCGAAUGGUGGUUUUUGGUGGUAAUUCGUUCGUUAUGCUUUCUGUAUUUUGCAUGGAAAUGAAGUGAUUAUUAGAGAGAGAGUGAAUUUCUAAGCGAUCUUCCUUGUUUCCCCAUUUUUGUUGGUGGCAAAGGUUUAGCAAGAGAGUUGUUAUGGGUCAUUUUCCAAACAAAUGACUCCUUGUUUUUUUAUCAGCAUAUUUUCAUUCGAAAGCUUUUCGUGGGGUGGAAAAUCGGUACUCAACGUCUUUCGAUACCUUAUCCGAUUGUAAUGUAUUGUUUUAUGGAUUGAAAUCGUGUUUCUUCUCGGAGGAGUGAUUUCAAAUAUGCGAUAUUGAACAACAAUAAGAUUUUAUCUUUUCUUUUUUUUUUUUUGUUUUCACGAGAGCAUAAUGGCUUAAAGGCUGGGCAUUUUAUACUUAGAGAUAAACACGAUUUUCACGAUUUUCCGUGUUUUUUGCGCUAUCCCAAACUUCGAGAUUCCCCUCCAGUACAGUUACCAAGGGUGAAUGCGUUUCGUGUAGAACCAUAACUGCACAACUAACAAACAAUUCUUAUCAAAAUAUAAAAUACCCUCUCGUCUCCGGGUGAUAAGCCCAAUAGGUUUCAUUUCGUUUUACGCGAUACAGUUCCUUAAAAAAACACAGAAAAACGAACGUCAGAAGGGUGGUCCACAACAGUGGACAGUUGUGUAGGUGUCGCAUCAAGGGUUUUUUUGUUGUUGUUGGGGAAAAUAAAUUAUUUAUCGAUUUUAUUUUUUGUUUCACGCACCAUUCUGUUUAUUUUUUUUUCUUUCUGGGUCUCCCAAAAACAGCUUCAAGCGUUCAUUAUGCUAUCUCGAAGUCAUUAUCGAAGCCUGAACUUUUUAUUUCGAUUUUUCCCCAAUAAUAUCUACCGCUAAACCACUAUCUGUAAAGGGAAAAAUACAAGGAAGGAGAACACAGAGAGUGCGAGUGAGUAAAAAGCUACAAAACCCUGUCCAAUAUCGGUCGAAGUCACGACUGAUACACCAUUUCAGUCAUCGUCAACAUCACCAUUAUCAUUGUGUUGUAGCGGGUUUUUGGGUUUUUUUGUGUUGGGUAAAGGAAGUCGCCGAGUACACAUAAAGCUCGCCGUAGUUUCGGAGCUAUACAGGCCGGCCAGGCCAGGUCUGUUGUGUGGCCCCGGAUUAAUAUACCGAACUUCGGCGGACGGCAUUCUGUAAACUGGCCAAUCCAUUUACGGUGGUGGUGGGGUAGGGAUCAUAUAAAUUUGAUUAAAUUUAUGUAUGUGCAGUUAAUGACCACUGCUUUUGGACUAUGUUCGCACCAUUGCCACCCGGACGGGAAUGGUGGGUUAUGUAUUGUUUUACGUCUCUUCGAAGUGUAUUGUUUUUUCGGGAGACAGCAUAUGGUUUCUUAACUGGUAGAAGUGUGUGGCGGAUUUGGUUUUGUCUUAUCGUUUUGAUGUAUCCACUUCAAUUUUUAUUGACCAGAGGAAGACAUUUUUGACGCCGCCAUGUUUGAAUUCUUCGUUCGCAUCCGUCAUACUAAACAAUGUUUAUUUGUAUCACAUUUCUAUGGUGGUUUGUGUGCAUCAUAAAACAUUUAUGUGCAUUAUAGUUUUAUCACAAAUGAUUAAUUUUACGGAGAUCUGUUUCAUCUUUC